UACGCGUAUUGAUACGAGAAAGAACCUCCAAAGACUCUCCGGUCACUGAUGAACGAACUUAAAACAAUGCCAGUGGUUAAAGUUGAAAAAGAUUCAUCUUUUGAUGUUUCUCCAACGGUCGCAAGUACUCCUACUGAAGAACCACCAAGAGGUCGACGAAGGAAAAGGCCCCUUCAACGAGGCAAACCCCCGUACAGUUACAUCGCCCUUAUUUCCAUGGCCAUCGCCAACUCUCCGGACCGGAAACUAACUUUGGGGGGAAUUUACAGGUUUAUCACAGAAAAAUUCCCCUUCUACCGGGACAACUCAAAGAAGUGGCAAAACUCAAUACGCCACAACUUGACUCUAAACGACUGUUUCAUCAAGAUACCGCGGGAGCCGGGAAGACCGGGAAAGGGCAACUACUGGGCGCUGGACCCCAAUGCAGAAGACAUGUUUGAGAGCGGGAGCUUUCUGAGAAGGAGAAAACGGUUCAAGCGAUGUGAUUUAACCACCUACCCAUCAUAUGUCCAUGACUCCCCAGUUUUCUCACCGAUGCAGGUGACGCGAUCGUCUUAUGCCAACUCUAUGUAUCCCAACGUGACAGUAAACCCUCCUUACGGCCAGCAGAUAGCAUCCACCUACUACCCUUCCUCUUCGCCGAACUUUAGCCCCAGCCAGCCACGCGUGUUCGGCCUCAACACCUUCAUAGGGCAUCACGGUGGUCUCGGUUCUGGUACUGACCUAAUCCAGCAGCCCGGUGGAAGUUUCAAUUCGGACCUGGGCUCGGCAAACUCGUGCAGCCUGCCUGGGGCGAGUUUCCAAACUCAGUCCUGCAGGGGCACCAUGCUAUCCCGGUCUUCCAGUCACUCGUCGUAUUCUUACCCCUUGCCGAACGGACACCUGUCUGGACAGAAUUCAUAUUCACAGGCGAACAAUCAGAUUUACGGGGCUUCUGGUAGGUUUGGGAUUCCCAGCUCUUCGCCUGUGCCAAGUGACUGUAUGGACCCGUACGGGAGAAUGUCGCCCGGAAUGCCCCCGUCCCUAACUCAGUAUAACAGUAGUGGUACUAUCGCCAGCACAAAUCCGUAUCUGAGGCACCAAGCAUAUUCUGGUAACAUGGAAAGGUUUGUGUCUGCAAUUUAA